AUGGAGACCAUCAUCAUCAUGGAGACCAUCGUCAUGGAGACCAUCAUCAUGGAGAUCAUCACCAUGGAGACCAUUGCAGCCCACAUCACCAACACAAAGAGCAUCAUCACAGUGCAACUCUUUAUCAACACCAUGGCAACCAUCAUAGACCUUCUCUUCCCCAUCACCAUGGAGACCACCAAGGCCAGUUCAGGUCACCGCCACCACAGCAACCAGCCAAACAUUGAAGGUCCUACUACACCACGUCACCAUGGAGACCACCACAGUCCAGACCAUAAGCAUCACCAUGGAAACCACCACAGUCAAGACCAUAAGCAUCACCAUGGAGGCCACCACAGUCCAGACCAUAAGCAUCACCAUGGAGACCACCACAGUCCAGACCAUAAGCAUCACCAUGGAGACCACCACAGUCCAGACCAUAAGCAUCACCAUGGAGACCACCAUAGUCCAGACCAUAAGCAUAACCAUGGAGACCACCACAGUCCAGACCAUAAGCAUCACCAUGGAGGCCACCACAGUCAAGACCAUAAGCAUCACCAUGGAGACAAGCACAGCGAAGCUCACCUGCAUCACCAUGGAGACCACCACAGCAAAAGUCAUCACCAAGGACAUGAACCUGAAUCACGUCUCAACCAGCCUCACUCCAAAAACGACCUCGACCUGGACCUUGACCUCGGCCCUCCUCUGAAGCUGGACUCUCUCUCCAGGAAGAAGGAGUCACCUAGCAACACCAGCAGCCCCUCCGGUCAUGACGAGGAACACACAAGCUUCACUGGCUCAUCGUUGCAUAAAGAAAAGGCGCAUGAACUUGGUAGAAUCAUGAACCUACAGGGGCAGAAUGAAGGUCUGCAUCAAAGUUUGCUGAAGACAGCAGUGAAGAUGGAGUGUUUAGGAGAGGAGUUCAUGAGCAGCCAAAAGCUGUUGGAGGCAGAACUUCAGAGGACACGUAUUGAGCUUAGCAACCUCACGGAGAGGUUUAGGAGACUACACGACAACUGCUCCGCCACACAACAGACUAAUAGUCUUCUCGAGCAAAAGCUUCAUUCAGUGGCUCAGAGUUUGGAAGGAGAACGUGGGAGGCUGAAUCAGCGUAUUUCAGCACUGACAGAGCAGCUCGCUGAUGCAAAAUUUGCCAACAGUGUGGAAACAUCCAGUGUUACAUCAGUGACACACAACACUGACCUCCAUUUUCAGUCAGAUGAUGCCAUUAAUCAGAUGGUUCCUCACAUCGCUCCCCCUCCAGCACAGUUCAUGGACGGCCAUAAUAACUACGAAACGGCCAUAGCCGGCGGGCAGGAGCAAUCGCUUGGGCCAGUUCCAGAGGAGGAGGAAUCUGACUGGUCAGAGAAGGGAGAUGAGACCCCACAAUUUAUACUGACAGGAUCAAACAGAGGUCCAGUAUGGAGACACCGGGAAGCGGACGUGGACAAAGACAGCGAGUCAGGGGGUGAGGAAAUUGUCGGACGACACGCUCCAUGCCCUCAGCAGAUACCUCAUCUCCAGUUCACCAUUCACAACAAGAACCUGUCUGACGGCAUGACAGGUGAGGGCACAUACAGGAUCACCACAAGUCAGAACCUCGGCUCUGCCAUCCUGAUCCGGUCAGCUAGCCUGGAGGAAAUCCCCCUGGCUCGCCAUCACAUGCAGAAGGAGCUACGAGGCACGGAGGCCAUGAUGGACCUCCACCACCAAGGGCACGAAGGUAUGGAGGAUUUAGAUAAUGAGAUCAUUCAUCACUGGAGAUCAAGCAACGACCGGCCGAUAGAAAGCAGGACGUCAGAGGCAGAUAGCAGCCUGGCCGGCCUGGAGUCAGCCGAGCGGAUGCUCAGUCAAUUCACAUGUGGAUCUCAGGCCAGUGAAGGACAGCGGCAUGGCAGGGCCGAGGUGCACAGCAGGACAGGAGGGAUUCCAGACGAGGUGUUGAAAGGGGAGCGAACAAAGCUGUGA